AUGCUAUCUCAACGGUAUUUAUUAAAACGUGGACUUCCUACGUAUAUUCAACACGCUGAGGCUCAUCGCAAACCUCGGUGGCUGCCUGUUGCUAAAAGUAAAAUAUAUCGAAUUCCAAAACGCCCUGAAAUAUCCGUAGAUGAACGGUUAGAAUUGCGACGAAUAAACAAUGCUUAUAACACACAAAUGCGGGCUAUUAGGAGGUUUUACGUUGAAGACUGGGUACGAGAAAAAUCCUCUCUAGAAAGUGCGACAUCGGAGAUGUCCCAACGUUUAGAAGCCGACGAAUGGUUAAAAUGUGAAGAACUCAAUGAUAAGUGGAACAAACAAAUAGCUUCUGACCGAGAAGAGAGACGAAAGAAGGAACUCGAAGCAAUGGAAGAAUUCGCUCUUUUAAGGAUGGAAGCUAAAGACAAGGCAUUAAAGGAGAGAAUUGAUAGAGCCUCAGAAAAAAUUAAGAAAGAAAAGGAAUUGAGUACAACUUUUGUCACACGUGAAAAUUUAGAAGAAACAAUUGAAAAUGUUUUGGCAAACCCUAUUGAUUACAACUUUGCUAUAGACUUAAAAGGAAAUAUCUUUGAAGGAAGAGAUACAGAAAUAGAAUAUGAAGAUAAAAAAAAGGCUGAAGCUGCAAACUAA